UGGAAAGAAGGACAGAAUGGAUCAGAUAUGGUCCUGUAACAAGAGAAUGCUAGCGACAAUGGUCGCAGUCUAAAAGGACAAGGAUUUGAAGCAAGGUUAUGGGAAGAGAAAAAAAAGAACAGAUGGAGCGCGACUAUUUUAGGAGAAGGAGGGGGGGGACAGUGUGGGAGAUGUGGGCAACGAAAGUUAUCAGAAACGCCAAUAGGCCGAAACUCAGUUAUUCCCCCAAAGUGGCUUAACGCAGGGCCAUCAAUGGCACAAGAAAGUCAGAGGCAGAGCACCGCGAACACGCCACUGCUUCUUGGGGGGGGGGGUAAAAAGUGUAUGAGAAAGACUUGGGACGGCAGUCGAGGGCCGAUCGUCUCCACUGGAGCAGUGAGGAUCUUGAAUGGCACUAGACCACUAGUGUGCUGUCCUGAGAGCCGUGCGGAGCAAUGCAGUGUGGUGCAUGACUCCAACUCGUGCAGCCGUGCUGAACCAGAUCACAAAGCUGUGGAGGAAGGCGGAGAAUUUGGUUCACACAUCCAGCAGUCUGUCUCAUCAACAACCUGCCUUGGGUGGCUUAUCCGGCCUGUCGAAUAUGUCCUCCAGAAACAAAUGCAGGGACGGGCUGGUCAUCUUUACCUCAAAGCGGAGCAAAGCGAGUAAAUUUCCAACUUGAUGAGGUUCUGCCAAUGGAGAUGGAAGUCCGCCCGUGAACUAAAUUGUUAGCCGGAGAUUUAGUUCUCUGGGGUCAGACAUAGCGGUAGUAGCAGCGGCCCAAACAAGUAAGGAUGAGAGAACA